AUGACAGCUAUCGUGCGCAUCCUGUCCCAUGCAGUGAACAAGCCAUACCGCUCCAAAGACCUGCGACAUGAAACGCCCCCCUACCUUAACAAAGAUGGCUACGUCGACUUUGCUCCGGGCGACAUCGAGAACCCUCGAAACUGGUCGAUGGGCCGCCGGACCGCCAUCACAAUGAGUGCCGUUCUGUUGGUGGUGAAUGCGACCUUCGCUUCAAGUUCUCCGAGCGGAUGUUUUGGGUCCAUAUCCAAGGAGUUCGGUGUGUCAACAGAGGUAGCCGGUCUUACUAUCACGGUAUUCCUGCUUGGGUACUGCGCCGGUCCCCUGGUAUUCGCGCCACUGAGUGAAUUUUAUGGCCGUCGGUGGAUUUUCUAUAUCUCAUUCUUGCUUUACAUCGCCUUUAACUUUCUCUGCGCUUUCGCGCCGAACCUGGGAGCCUUGCUAGUGGGUAGAUUUCUUACAGGAACUUUUGUCUCCGCCCCAUUGAGCAACUGCCCCGGACUUCUUGCCGAUCUAUGGGAUCCGCUACAGCGUUCCAACGCGAUGGCUGGAUUCUCAGCGAUGGUUUAUAUGGGACCCGCUCUCGGUCCUGUCGUUGCAGGCUUCCUAGAGCUGAAAGAGGAUUGGCGUUGGAGCUUCUACGUGCUUCUCUGGCUCGGCGGGGGGACGGCCGUUAUAAUGCUCACAAUUCCUGAAACAUAUGCACCAACAGUCUUGUAUAACAAGGCGAAACGGAUUCGAAAGGCGAAUAUUCCCGGGUAUGAGAAUGUGAAGGCUUCGGUCGAGGACAGCGACCGAACUCUUAUUGGUAUCUACAAGGUGGCGCUGACAAGGCCUUGGAUCAUCCUUUUCGACACUAUUUCUCUGCUCUGUGCCAUCUAUAUGGCAAUUGUAUAUACCUUGCUCUACAUGCUGUUUACCAUCUAUCCAAUCGUGUUUCAAGAGAAGCGCGGAUGGAACUCGGGUGUGGGCGAGUUGCCUUUGAUUGGCACCGUUGUCGGCGCUUUAAUCGGUGGCAUUAUCGUUCUGGUUGACACAAAUAUUCGCCAGAAGAAGAUCGAAAGGGGCGAAAAGAAGAUCGAAGACACAGUUCCCGAAGACCGGCUGCCCCUAGCGAUGAUUGGUGGCAUUGGCUUUUCUGCGACCAUGUUCUGGUUCGCAUGGUCGGCUGAGUACAACUAUGUACAUUGGAUAGUUCCUACACUCGCCGGAUGCUUCCUCUCAAGCAUGCUACUUCUCAUUUUUGUUGCAUACUUGAACUACCUCGUGGAUGUCUACUUGAAGUAUGCCGCUUCCGCAAUUGCUGCGAACACGAUCGCCCGGUCGGCAUGUGGUGCUGCUGCACCGCUUUUCACAAACCAAAUGUUCCACGCGAUGGGCGUGGGAGGAGGUGGUAGUCUGAUCGGUGGUGUAGCUGCUUUGUUAGCAGUUAUUCCUUUCCUUUUUUACAAGUAUGGGAAACAAAUCAGGGCCCGAAGCAAGUUUGCGCCGACGACACCUGCGCAAGAGAAAACGGACGAGGAAACCGGUCCUCGAGAGGAGCCGAUCCAGAGUUCCGAGUCGCUGUCUUCUAGCACAGAGGAUGAAAUGGAACGAGGUGAAGGAGAAGGGAUAAAAAAGGAGGAACCAAACCUUGAACUCUAG